AUCCUAAUAACUACUAAUUUCUCCUCUUUAGACUCUUCCAUUCACUUCUAUUUCAUUUCAUUUCAUUUUUUCGUCAUACAUUCAAGCCCCCCUCAUUUUGAGAAAAAAUGGAGAAGGGUACGGGAAAUGGAAACGUAAACGAGGGAAUGGCAGAUAAUAACGGGCUAAAGAAAAUAGAAACGGGAAACGGAAAUGGGAAGCACGGAAACGGAAUAUGCCAUGAUGAUAGCGCACCACCGGUAAAGGCACAAACAAUAGACGAACUACAUUCCCUUCAAAAGAAGAAAUCAGCGCCGAGUACACCUAGCCAAGGUUCUCAACACGGUGCUACUUCUUUUAAUAGUCUUUCCGAGGAAGAACGCCAACGUUUACAACUCCAAUCAAUUAGUGCGUCAUUGGCAUCUUCGGCAAGAGAGACAGGACCCAAGGUGGUAAGAGGAGACCCGGAAGGAAAAGCUCAUAGGCAGGUGCAGCAUCACCACCCUGUUGUUCCUACCAUCAGCGUCAGCGAUAGUGCUCUCAAAUUUACACAUGUUCUUUACAAUCUCUCCCCUGCUGAAUUAUACGAGCAAGCAAUCAAAUAUGAAAAAGGGUCUUUCAUUACAUCAACUGGUGCACUAGCAACUUUGUCCGGAGCAAAAACAGGAAGAUCUCCAAGAGACAAACGUGUUGUAAAGGAUGAAACUACUGAAUCCGAACUUUGGUGGGGAAAGGGUUCUCCAAAUAUUGAGAUGGAUGAACAAACCUUCAUGGUCAACAGAGAGCGAGCUGUUGAUUACUUAAAUUCUUUAGACAAGGUAUUUGUAAAUGAUCAGUUCCUGAAUUGGGAUCCACAGAACAGAAUUAAAGUCAGAAUUGUAUCUGCCAGAGCUUACCAUUCCCUUUUCAUGCAUAACAUGUGCAUCCGACCUACACCCGAAGAGCUGGAGGAUUUUGGUACUCCGGAUUUCACAAUAUACAAUGCAGGACAAUUCCCAUGUAACCGAUACACUCAUUACAUGACAUCAUCUACUAGCAUAGACAUUAAUCUUGCUAGGAGAGAAAUGGUAAUCCUUGGCACUCAGUAUGCCGGGGAGAUGAAGAAAGGUCUUUUCGGUGUAAUGCAUUAUCUCAUGCCUAAGCGUCAGAUCCUCUCGCUCCAUUCUGGCUGCAAUAUGGGCAAAGAUGGCGAUGUAGCCCUCUUUUUCGGUUUGUCAGGUACCGGGAAAACUACUCUGUCGACUGACCAUAACCGUUACCUGAUUGGUGACGAUGAACACUGCUGGAGUGAUACUGGUGUAUCGAACAUAGAAGGUGGUUGCUAUGCAAAGUGUAUCGAUCUUUCGAGGGAAAAGGAGCCUGAUAUCUGGAAUGCCAUCAAAUUCGGAACUGUGCUCGAGAAUGUGGUAUUCGAUGAGCACACUCGUGAAGUGGAUUACAGGGACAAGUCUGUUACAGAGAAUACUAGAGCGGCCUAUCCUAUAGAAUACAUUCCAAACGCAAAGAUACCGUGUGUUGGACCACACCCGAAGAAUGUCAUACUUUUAGCUUGUGAUGCUUUUGGUGUCCUCCCACCAGUGAGCAAGCUGAACCUUCCUCAGACGAUGUAUCAUUUCAUCAGUGGCUACACUGCACUGGUGGCUGGCACAGUCGACGGAAUUAAGGAGCCAACUGCAACAUUCUCGGCCUGCUUUGGUGCAGCUUUUAUAAUGAUGCACCCUACUAAAUAUGCUGCUAUGCUUGCCGAAAAGAUGCAGAAGUUCGGUGCCACUGGCUGGCUCGUCAACACUGGUUGGUCCGGUGGAAGGUAUGGUGUAGGAAGUCGUAUCAAGUUACAAUAUACGCGUAAGAUUAUAGAUGCAAUACACUCGGGUGCCCUUUUAAAUGCUGAAUACAAGAAGACUGAAGUCUUUGGGCUUGAGAUACCUACUGAGAUUGAUGGAGUACCUUCGGAAAUACUCGAUCCAAUCAACGCGUGGCCGGACAAAAAUGAUUACAAGGAGACACUAUUGAAAUUGGGUGGGCUAUUUAAGAACAACUUUGAGGUGUUCACCAACUAUCAGAUUGGCAAAGAUAACAAUUUGACUGAGGAGAUUGUUGCAGCUGGUCCUAUCUUCUAAUUGUGCUGAUUCUCAAUCAGUUGCUAGAAAACUUUUACGAUUGGUCAAACUAGUCAAUCUUAUAUAAAUAUAUCCCAAAAUCAGAAAUAUUUUAAGAUAUAAUUUUAAAUAUAUUAAUUUGAGUCGGUAAAUUAAACCCACAUAUAUACAAUACAUUGUACUUUAUUUAAAAUUUUGUAAUUUUACCAUUAUAAAUUGGUUCUUUAAUUUAAAAAUAACCAUUUUGUUCAA